CGUCCUCACUCUCUCUCUCUCUCCCAUAGUCUCGCACCACCAUGCCUGCAAUCCCUUCAUCGCUUCAUCACCUGAAGCCUUUAUUCUUCUCUCUCCCUCGCUUCUCAUCUCCGUCACUCACUCUCAAUCGCGUUCGCAAAUUCCCAAUCCCUACAAUAAACCCUAGAAGCCUCUCUUCUCUAUCGUCCGCCGUUGCCGCCGCAGAACAGUCUACCGAUGAUAAUGGCGGUGGCGGAGGUAGGUCCGAUGCGCUCGCUCCACCUCCAAUCACCGAAGAGUUGCAGAAAAUCGACGUCAAUCCUCCCAAGGGCACCAGAGAUCUCCCCCCCGAGGAAAUGCGCCUCCGCACUUGGCUCUUUCACAAUUUCCGAGAGGUUUCGCGGCUGUUUGGAUUCGAGGAGGUUGAUUUUCCGGUGUUCGAGUCGGAGGCAUUGUACAUUAGAAAAGCCGGCAAGGAGAUUAGGGACCAGCUAUACUGUUUUGAAGAUCGGGGAAAUCGUCGAGUUGCAUUGAGGCCCGAGCUCACUCCUUAG